AUGUUCAAACUUUCGAUGCGAGCAGCAUGCUUGGGCAUCAAGCAAACUCACCACGUCCCAGCGUUUCACAUCAAGCUUUCUUCCACUGCUCAGGGACUCAGCACAGACUCAGCACCUACCUGUAGCCGAUUCGUUAAGCAGGUUGCGGAUCAGUCCCAGAAGACACAGAUCCUGCGUACUGACGGUGCAUCCGGGCUGUCUCCAAUGAACCAAGUUGCUGCCAAGAAGGUGACGCGAACAGAGCAGCUUCUUUGGUUGGCGAGGCUCUCGUUGGCAUCUUCUUCAAUGGAGCAGACUCGCGAUAUUACUUUUACGAGCACGGCCCGUUCCGACAAGGACAUGACAGUGCACAGGGACCGAGAGAUUGCGACUUCUGUCAGCACCGAUUGCACUAAGUCUUGGGACGGACCGACCGUAUGGGCGCACUUGUGGUAA